AUGGCAGCUCGGUCCAAAGCUGAGCAGAGAAUUGAGGGCGAGAAAAGAGAGGCACACGACCCGUCUGCGGCUGACAGCAACAUGGAAGCAACCCCAGCCCGCGGAGGUCUCAUUCGAAAGCCCAGCCCAGCCCAGCCCAGCCCAAGCCCAAGCCCAAGCCUAAUAGUAUUUUUGCUGCUCCUUGCUCUUCUCACGCACCACCAGCAAUCCCAAGAUCCAGCCAGUGCCGGUGCUGAUUGGGCGACCGUCUUCCAUGGCCGUUUUAGGCUCGAGAUCGCUGAGAGCCACUCCCUACCUUACCUUACAUGUACUUGCUUCACAGCCGCCGAUGGUGUGUCUUGGACGAGGUUCCAGAUACAUGUGCCGUCCUGUCCUGUCAUGGGACUGGGUGGCUGCGAGACAUUGCCCAGCUGGUCUCAGACAGCGUCGCCGUUGACUGGCCGCCCGGUCAACACCACAUGUAAUUUCGCAGCUGAGCGCCAAAAGCAGAGGAGCGCGUGCAUGGCUGGAGUCGGAUGCAGCCACCCAAUCCGAGAUGCGACUGGCACUGCUCGGAAUGCGCUCGCCGAAAGGGCUCCAAUCGGCCAUCCCCUGUCAGGCCAGUAUCAUGAAUCGAUGUUUUUUUCUUGGGUGCGCCUCGCCCGCAGCCAGGGACGCUACUGGAACUCGCACAAUGCCCAUGCGGAACCUUGUGCCUGGGUUGGUGAACAUUCUCUGCCAGAAGGAGAUUUUGAUGCCAAGUUACCAUGGCGACACCUCAGCUCGAGCCCACGGCGAUGCUGUACCCCGUACAUGUACGGAGGACUAGGUAGCAUCCGUCAUGGCGUGACCCCCGAUGACAAGGGCUCACAUGCUUGCAUGAUUCUAGACAAUUUAGAGCAUCCGUCCAAACGGAAUCUGAAAAUUCCAACAACAGGUAGCAGUACGAGUACAGAUGGUAGUGGACUCGCUCGUUCCAGGCGCUAUGCUAGCAUGAGAUCUGUUUCUCCCGCUGCGGUAGCAGUUGCAGCGGCUGACGCGCGCCGUCCGUUCACCGGGCUGUCCACCUUGAUGUUGAUCAUGUCUUGGAGGUACUUCCGCAAACGGCGUCCUCGUACGAGGGACGUGCUCACAGUAUUCUCUGGAUCUCGGAACAUCAUGCCAUCGCGUUAG